CAUCCAUCUUUCUCUCCUUCUCCUCUUUAUCUACUCUUCUUUUGUACAAUUCACAUCCAGCAAUCCACCCUCUUCAACGUCAACUGCUAAAAUCACUGCUUCUUUCUCUUCUUGUAACCUCUUCAGAGGCCACUGGUCCUAGACCUCACCAAACCAAAGCCUUUGUAUGAUGACUCGUGCUCAUUUCACAGAAACGCAUGGAAUUGCCCGAGGAACAAGAGGGACAACAUGGAGAUUAUCAAUUCUUGGAGAUGGGUGCCUAAAGAUUGUGAUUUGGAACGCAUUGAUCCCUAUCGUUUCCUGGGGCUGACGAGGAAUAGGAAUGUUGGAUUUGUUGGGGAUUCUUUGAACGAGAAUUUCAUGGUGUCUUUUUUGUGUAUUCUUAGAGUAGCUGAUGCGGGUGCCAGAAAGUGGAAGAAGAAGAGGGCUUGGUGAGGGGCUUAUUUUCCUAAUUACAAUGUUACAGUUGCAUACCAUCGAGCUGCGUUGCUUGCUAAAUAUCAGUGGGGCUAUGAUAAAUUCCCAAUGGAGACACCUCUUGUCUUUUAUUGUGGUGGGCAAACAAUUAGUCCUCGCCUGGGGAUAACAGAUGGGCUUAAAGUUGUUCUUGAAAGUAUGGUCCAGUACAUUCAAAAGGCAGUUCCUAGCAAUACUAUCAAGCUCUGGUACUUGCAAUCACCUAGGCAUUUUGAUGGUGGUGAGUGGAACCAAAAUGGCAGUUGCUUGUUUGAUAAGCCCCUUGAGGAAGCUGAGCGUGACUUUUGGUUUGAUCCCAGCAACAAUGGAGUGAAUAAAGAGGCGAGGCAAGUUAACAAUCUGAUAACACAAGCAUUGGAGGACACAGAUAUUCAAUUGCUUGAUCUAACUCAUUUGAGUGAGUUCAGAGCAGAUGCCCACCCAGCAAUUUGGCGGGGAAAAAAGGACGCUGUGUCCAUCUGGGGUCAAGACUGCAUGCACUGGUGCCUACCUGGUGUUCCUGACACAUGGAUUGAUAUACGAGCUCAGCUGAUCCAGAAAAGGUUAGGUACAGGAUGACAGGAUGAUGAAAUGUGAGACGAAUCUUUCCAAGCUGUUCCAAAAAAAAAGUAAAUAAAUAAAUUAGAGAGGCUACAGAGCAACCUCUUCAGAAGCAGAAGCUAAAUGAAGGUGUAGAAAUAUGGCAUCAGAAAUUUAGAAAAUAUAUGAAUGCAGCAAGGAUCAAAUUUUUAUGUUUGCUGUUGUUCUGUGAAAUCAGGCGCUGGAAGGUGAACCAGAAUUCACAUUAUGCUUCCACUCUAUUCAAUACGGAUUUGUAGAAAGAAAUACUCUUUUUGUAUUAAUUCAUUUAUUUCUUUAUACAUCAAUGUUCCUUUCUUAUACCUCGAGCAUCUGGUUUAGUAACAGAUUAUGCUGUAGUGUGCAAACUAGAUGUCGUGACCAAAAUCUUGUGGAAAAAGAUUUCUAGUUGGGCAGAUUUCUUAUGC